UGAGCAAGCCCCGGGGGCAGCUGCCAGAGCCCAUCACGACACCUCCCCCCAGCAUGCUGGGGGCUAACUCUGGUGCCAUCUUCCCACAGAAAACCAUGAGUCCAUCCAUCCGGGUGGCCACCCCCGCAACCAUCCGCCUGGGUCCCAUCUGACCCUUCUUGACACCUGCAGGUCCCAGAGCCCAAGAUGCAUCCACUCUGGAGGCUCCUGGUCCUCCUCAGCUUGCUGGCCUUGCCCUCGGCCCUGCGCGAGCAGCCCUGGCCCGGCCUGGCCAAGGCCCAGGCGGACAGCAACUCCGCCCUGGCGAGAAUUAUUGCCCAGGGCCUCAUGAAGCACAACGCAGAGGGCCGAAUCCAGAACAUCCGCCUCCUAGACAGUCUGAAUGCCUGGGGCCAGAUGGCCCCAGGGAUGGUGGGCUGGCUGAUUGGCAGCAUGGGCCUCCAGCAGCAUCAGGAAGGCAGCGCCAACAUCACCAAUGUUCAGCUGGACUAUGGCGAGAUCCGGAUGUCUUUCCGUAAGGAGUGGUUCUCCGCAAACAUCUCCGUUGAAUUCGAUGCUGACCUGAGACUGCCCCUCAAUAACAAGAUCAUAACGGCGCAUGCGCGCGUGCACCUCGCUGUGGAGUUCUGGCUGGAGAAAGACGAGUUCGGCCGGAGGGAUCUGGUGAUAGGCAAUUGCUGCGUGCAGCCCGGCAGCGUCCACACCACAAUCCUGACUGAAGAUAGCCCACCAAAGAUGAAACAUUUUCUCCGCAACCUCAGAGAGAACUUGGAAAAGGUUAUCCCACACCUGGUAGAAAGUCAGGUGUGUCCUCUGAUUGGUGAAGUCCUCAGGCAGCUGGAUGUGAAACUGCUGAAAAGCCUCAUGGAACAGGCUGCUUCUCAUGAACCCAACCAACUGUGA